CGUACAGCCAAUGAGCAUAGUCAUGAGUGAUUUUCAAAAACUCGCCCGCCAUGAUUGUUGAUGUGUUUUUAGGUUGAUCCGAGUCAGUUCGUGUGACCCGCUGCUGUUCAUAUUUACUCAGCAGACUUAUUUUAGUACGUCCGGGACUGGAAAAUGGAUCAAAUGGAGUCCAAAUUUUCUCACCUGCGGCGGCGGGACACCAGUGUGUCCAUGUUGAGGGUCAAAAUGUCCCGCAGAAAGUCUCAGACGCUGAAGGAGAAUCGUGACCGUGCUGUGAACAGUCGCAGGCAGUUGGACAAGCUUCCAGAGCUGGAGGCUUCCUCCCUGGAUGCCUCCAUAGCCAUGGCCAACAUGUCAACCAUCGUGGAGAAAACUCAGAGUAAUGCUAAGAGUGUUAAAGAUUCAGCUUUAGAAGAGAGGAUAAAACGGCUGGAGGAAUGGAAAAAAAAUAAGGCUCUGGUAAAAGAGAAGGAAAAGAGAGAAAAAGAGCGGAAAGGGAUAUUUAAGACCGGCAUGUAUCACCCUAAGGACACUUUCACCUUUGGUCCUCAGCCUGUGGUCCCUGUUCCAACUAAAAGGACAAAAGAGAUAAAAGUGGAUAUCGCUGUAUCCCAGAGCACCAGAGUCACUCGUGAUGUAAAACAACAACAGCAGCAGCAGCAGCAGCCUCUGAAGACACAAGACCCAAACACUGCAAUGAAGAAAGCUCAACCUGCUGUCGAAAGGUUGACCUGGACCCGGGCUGCACCAGUCAAGGCUGCACCAGCUACAGCUCUGAACAGGACUAAGGUUUCUGCUGUGGUGCCCAGUGGACAAGCUUUGCAAAGCAAGUCAGCCAUCAGGCCUCCUGUUACAGUAGCCACGGCAGUGAAAGACAAACCCAAGGACAAGCCUGCAGAUGUAAGAAUCACAAGGAGUCGAGCCAAUAAUAACGCUGUAGCACCCUCCUCAGGCAGAGGAAAAAACAGCAGAGCACCUGUCAGUAAGGUCGUCAUGGAGCUUGAGCUGGAGAAGCCUUCAGAAAAUCCUAACCUUCCAUCUUCUGAGGAGGAGAACAUGAUAGUUGACCCUGAUCCUGCUGACUUGGCACCCGAUCAGAAUCCAGUGGAAGCUACAGUUCCAGUUUGUCUUCCUUCAUUUGCUCCAAAGGAUUUUGUCUUCCAGGCCCCUGAUGGACUGUUGUCCUUCAGAUUCGAGCCGAUGACUCCUCGCACAACAGACGCUUUCCUUACACCAACCUCCAGUUUCAAUCUUCCACCAGCUCCUGUCUUUAGUGAUGAGCCUCAGAGUGAAUCAAGUCAAUCACUACCACCAAAGUCUCCUCUUCAUUCUCCACCUCAAACAUCUAUUGUAGCUCUUCCAACUCCAGGCAGCCCCACGGAACCCAAGCAUGAUGUGCCUUACUUUAGGUCUGAGAUUUCUAGUGAGACAGAGCGACUCACAGCUCUAUGUGUCCACUGGGAGUGUAAAGUGGAGGAUGAAUCCAUCCCAGAAGAGAUGAGAGAUGGCAUACGUACAGCCAUCGGCCAGGCCAGGCUGCUGAUGAAGGAGCGUUUCAAACAGUUCACUGGUCUGGUGGACGACUGCGACCUGGGCCGAGGAGAGAAGAUCACCACAUGUACUGACCUGCAGGGAUUCUGGGACAUGGUUCAUUUCCAGGUAGAGGAUGUCGGUAAGAAGUUUGAUGCUCUAAAAGAAGCAGAGGCUGGGGGCUGGGUGGAGGAGCGCAGACCCCCACCACGACAGAGGAAGGUGGUGAAGAAACCAGCAGCCGCUCCUGCAAAGGCAACAGGAACCAAAGCCGGGGCCAAGUCUCGUCUGGCUGCUGCCAAAGCUGCCAUGAAAGCGAGACAACAGGCAGCUGAGGAAGAGAUGGCUGCAAAGAAUGCUGGGUACUGUCAGGAUGACUCCGUCGCAAACUGUCAGGAACUACAAUCACGAGCAGAGCAGCCAACGUCAGAGUCGGGAGUCUCUGAUGAAGGCUGUUUCCAGGUGGAGAGUCCAGUCAAAGCACCAGGUUUGGUGAGGAGAUCAACUCGUCUCAGCGGUGCCGUUCUACCUCAGGCUUCUUCCUCUACCAACUCUGUGACACCAAGGAGGGUCACACGGAGGUCACUUGCCUUGGUUCAAACCCCUGUACAGACAAAUGUGUGCUCUCCUGCUCACUCCAGCCUCACUCCUGCUGCCAUGCGUCUCACCCUCGAUAAAGCAACAAAGUCCCAGAAUUCCACUCCUCGUUCCACCCAGAAGAGGAAGUGUGCCACAGACACCUCACUGUGUUUUUCGCCUGUAAAAGAAGUAAUGUCAGGCGAUGUUCACCCAGUAGAGGUCGCUGCACAACAGUCAGAAACGGAUGGUACGCAGGAAACUAACACGGCUGGACCUUUUUACAUGCUUCCAUCGUUCUCUGUAGAGGAGGUGGAAGAAAAAGCAGCUGAAAUGGUGGAGGACGUUCCUCCUGUCUCUCCAAGAUCGUCUUUGUCUCCAUGCAAAACUCCUCCUUCUCCCGUCUCCCAGGUCCCAGAGCCGUUGUCAUCUCUCAGUUUUUCACUUUCACCCUCUGAAAGCUUCAGCCAACCUCCCAUCACUUCCGCGACUAUCGUGCAGAGUCAGACUGAAGCUCCAGACUCUGUGUCUGUCACACCAGACACCUCAGUUGUGGAGGAAAUGCCGGGCUUGGACUGGGAUCGUUACCUCAGGCCGUCCCAGAGAUGCAGUCUCUCACCCAGAGACACAGUCCCCAUAGAGACACUGUCACCAAUGGCAGUGGAUGUGGAGAUGGAGAGUCCAAGAGGCCGACCUGACGACCUGUUAACCCGAGAACCAGCUCUGCCAGCAGUGCCUUCAGUCUUUGCUGUUCAGUCUCCACAGGUCCAAACAGCCGAGUCUGCUCUGCUGCUUUUCACCCCAGAGCUGAAGGACAGGAUACGUCAGUCGGUCUGUCCCAGUGACCUCAUGACCUUCACUCCUCCUUCAAACAUGUAACAGAUUUUUUUAAUUUACUUUUACCUUUUUAAUUUUUUUUACAUAGUAAAAUAACUUUGUUACCCUACUCUUUGUGGGAAAAAAAUGGAUCUGAUUUUUAAACAUAUUUUUUUUAGAUGAUUGUUAAAUACUGUAGUAUUUGUCCUUCUAAGUGGUUUUUAUUAAAGAUUGGGUUAUUAUCAAAA